CUACACAUCUGAUUUUUCAAUUUAUUGUUUUCCUUCUCGUCUGUCAUAACAUAUUGGUUGAUUUAUAAACAAAAGAAAACUUGUCUAAAAUCAAUCAUCGUCCCUGAAGAAAAAAAAAACGAAAAUCAUGAAUUCGGAAAUGAGUAGUUCGAUGCAAUCGAGACGUAUUGGUGGCCCGGGGCCUCAUGGAACUCCCGAAAGUGAAUUCAGCAUAGAAUGUUUUCAAAAUUACACCGCAUCUGAGGUGUUCGUUCAAGGUCUUGCUGGCCUGGUGAAUCAGGGGGACGUUGAGAGUAUGAUAAGAGCCCAAAAGCAAAUGUUACAACGCUUUGAAAAAACCAAUGAAAUGCUCCUCAAUUGCAAUGCCCUGAGUCAAAGUCGUCUUAAACUAGCUGGGGAUGAUUUUAAGAAACAUGUCAAACUGCUGAACGAAAUGAAAAAAGACUUGGACUACAUUUUCAAGAAGAUUCGAAUAAUAAAGACAAAAUUAAGCACGCAAUAUCCAACAGCGUAUGUUGAAGCCCAACCGCAGCGGAAUAGUUUAGCCGAAGAGGCAGAGGACGACGAAGAUGCUUCAAGUGUUGUCGAGAUACCAAAGCAAACGAAGCCAGUGUCAGAGAAGAAAUCCAAGGACACAACUGUUGAGUACGUUCAGAUGGAUGAAGCUGUGGAAAAUGGCAAACCUGUUGAAAAUGAUCUUAUCAAGCGAGUGUGUUCGAUUGAGUCGGCCAAUCCAAAUGAUUCCUCAGAUUGCACUUCCGAAGAUACUGGUUAAGGGUUUGUGCACGCAUUAGGAAGUUAUUUAUAUUUAAAUAAUUGUAGAUUUUUAUUUAUUUCUUGUUAGUUUAUGUUAGUUAAUAAAUUCGUGCCAUUCCCAUCGCAAUAAAUCUGAUAGAUGAA